AUGGUGUUGCUCAAACUAAGGAAGCAGAAGACUCUUCACUGCAUCAGCAGAAAUGUUUCCAUCCAAAAAUAAAAUGGUUUGAAAAUGAAGAGGCUGUUACAGUGAAGGUUCAAAUAGCAAGGAUAGCUGACUACAAAUGUGAAUUCUCUAAGGAAAAGGUAAUUUUCAGUGCCUGCUCAGAAGGCAGAUUUUACUUGGCCGAUAUGGAACUGUAUCAGUGUAUACUUACAGAAAAGUCUGCGUGUGUGAUUAAGGAUAAAGAGGCUAUUAUUGUCCUCAGAAAAGAGAAAAAAGGAGCAUGGUGCAAGUUACUAAAGAACAAGAAUCCUCACGUGUCUUUUGACUUUGAAUACUGGGAAGAUGAUGAAGACAAAGGCCCUUUUCCAGUUGGUACUAAAAAGCUGCAUUGCACUGCUGCAGUGACAGAAGAACUGGUUGACUUUUCAGAAGACAGUGGUGCAGAAAGUGAUGAGUAAUUGGGAAAUGUCUGUUUUUUGUUUCUGUUAAGGUUAAUAUUGUAAAGUAGUAUCUGUUGCACUCCCAAAAUUGAUGGAACUAAAUGUAUAGAUUGCAGAAUUGCCUUUAAUUUUAGGAGGAUGAUGGUAAGCAAAGACCUUACUUGGGUUCUAAGCAUCUGGAGAAAUACUCUACAUGAUAACUUCAUAUAUAUGUAUUCCAGUGUCUUUACUUCAGAACUUUUGGCUUUAAUGAUUUUGUGCAAAUAUGUACAUGUAUUUACGUUGAAGAGCUUCUAAUUUACCUUUCUGAGUUUGCUGUGGUAGCAGUAGAUAAUUUUUUUUUUGUGGUUUAAUAAGUUCUGAUGAGCGGUUGAUUGUUUCUACCACAAGCCUCCAUGUGCAUACAGCAUCAGCUUUGUAACUGCCUGUUUGUCAGCUCUGCAUAAAUAAAUUCAGAUGGCAAUCUUCCUUUGACUGC